UUUCACCAUGGCGUGUGGCUACCCACAGUGUUGUAAAAUAGGCUCGCAGUGCGGCUGUCUCAACUGUGAGGGACCACACUAUGCUUUUGUAAGUUUUGCAUGUGGACGCCUGAAGGCUAAAGUUGACAAGGUCGACCACCCUGCUGGCCUGAAGCUAGAAGCGGAAACAGCUGUGCAGGAAGUGCGUCAUCUUGUAGACAGACUGUUGGUGCUGGUUGCUGACUUUUGA